GUAGCAACGCCAUUUGCAAAAGAGAGAGGAGAAGAACUGUGAAUUGAGAGAGGGCGCUCGUAUUGUCUCCGUAGCUGUUUUCGGGGCCUUGUUGAUAUGUCAACACGUAAUUCCAAUUGCCCAGAAAGAGAUUUAAAAAACAGCUUACGUCAUUGAUUAGUGGGUUCUGAUUAACCGAAGCUUGUUUGAGUAGUGAAACUGUACCGAAUACAAGUUAUUAGCCGUGUUUAACACGCAAGAGUCGUGGUGUUUUCGAGUGGGAAAGUUUCAGUUCGUCGUGCGAGACACCCGCCAUCACUGUGUACAGUGAAAAUUGUACAUAUACGCCGUGCGUGUGUCGUGUUGUGUCGUCUGGCUCGUGAAAAAAAAAAACGCCAUGGCAGCACACAAAAACAAUUUAAAAGCUGGGUCCUAGUGAAAUUAGUUGGAUCUUGACAACCUUUUUACUUUUCUAAAGCAAGAAACGGAAGCCAAAAGGAACAAGUGUAGACUCCUCUCUCUGGGCUGUUUCCAGAAAGGUUAAUAUUGAGUUGGCAAAAACUCUGUGACUGAGUAAUACGAAUACUCUUAAAGUGUUUCAAGUGAGUGAUUCACAGUGUGGUGACCAAGAAAGAACAAUUGUGUUUGGGGUGGAGGAGAAGAAAAGACCCGCGCAACGCUUCACCUCAUUUGACCCCGCCUUCAACAGUAUUGAAAAGGUCAAAAGAGGUCAUCUAGUGACCUCUACUGAAUGGCGAUGGAAAGUUCAGUCCUGGUCCAGCCCAAGCGACCUGACUGGCACAAGCAUGAGCAGAUGCAAAUCCAUCACACUAAAACCGGCGAGUGUAUAGUCGUCUCGUCUUCAUCAUCGUCGUCCUCAUCCGGUCGUCCGAGUGGCAACAGCGGCGUCGUCAGUAGCGGCGCUGGUGGCAACAACAGUACCAGUAGCAACAGUACAGCUGUCUAUGGCCGACUAGUACCCGAAGAACAGCUGGCCGCCCUUGGAAGAGGAUUGUCUGUCAUCAAUCCAAAUGCUGCCAUCAAUUCCUCCUCCUUAGGGAGUUCAUCUCUGUCCUUUGGCGGUGGUAGCUCUGCGUCGACGUCGGCCGUCGGCUCCUCUUCCGACUUGCAGACGAUGCAGUCGCGGAUACCCCGUCAGUUCAGAGACCCUGCCUCAGCUCCACUGCGAAAACUAUCCGUAGACCUCAUCAAAACCUACAAACACAUCAACGAAGUUUAUUAUGCCAAGAAGAAAAGACGGGCGCAGCAACAAGCCCCCGGCGAAGAUUCCGGCCAGCAGCACAAUAAGAAGGAGCGCAAGGUGUACAACGACGGCUACGAUGAUGAUAAUCAUGACUAUAUUGUCCGUCACGGCGAGCGCUUUCUCGAUCGCUACGAAAUCGACUCUCUUAUUGGCAAGGGCUCGUUCGGUCAAGUGGUCAAGGCCUACGAUCACGAGGAGCAGUGCCAUGUGGCCGUUAAGAUCAUCAAAAACAAGAAACCUUUUCUCAAUCAGGCCCAGAUAGAGGUUAAAUUACUCGAGAUGAUGAACAAGGCCGACGCUGAAAACAAAUACUAUAUAGUGCGGUUAAAGCGUCACUUUAUGUGGCGCAACCACCUGUGCUUGGUGUUUGAGCUGCUUUCGUACAAUCUCUACGAUCUGCUGCGCAACACCAACUUUCGCGGCGUCUCGCUCAAUCUGACUCGCAAGUUUGCCCAGCAAUUGUGCACGGCCCUGCUUUUCCUCUCCACGCCUGAAUUGAGUAUUAUCCACUGCGACCUCAAACCGGAAAAUAUCCUCUUAUGUAAUCCGAAAAGGUCGGCUAUCAAAAUAGUCGAUUUCGGCAGCUCUUGCCAGCUCGGUCAACGGAUAUACCAGUACAUUCAGUCGCGUUUUUACCGGUCGCCAGAAGUGUUGCUGGGCAUACCUUACGAUUUGGCAAUCGACAUGUGGUCAUUGGGGUGCAUCCUGGUAGAAAUGCACACAGGAGAGCCGCUAUUUUCGGGCGCCAACGAGGUGGACCAAAUGAACAAGAUUGUCGAGGUACUGGGCAUGCCGCCGCGCGCCAUGCUCGACUCGGCUCACAAGACCAAAAAAUACUUUGACAAACUGCCCGACGGCUCGUACGUUUUGAAGAAAUCAAAAGAGGGCAAAAAGUAUAAAGCGCCCGGGCAUCGCCGCCUUCACGACAUCAUCGGUGUGGAAUCGGGAGGUCCUGGGGGUAGACGUUCAGGUGAAAUCGGACAUUUUGUUUCGGAUUACCUCAAAUUCAAGGACUUGAUAUUGCGGAUGCUCGAUUACGACCCCAAGACACGUAUCACACCUUACUAUGCCCUGCAGCACAAUUUCUUCAAGAGGACGGCCGACGAGGGUACCAACACGCACAACAAUUCGGCUUCUACGAGUCCAGCCAGCAUGGCGGAUCAUUCCAGUCAGGCAGUAAUGGCGGCGGCAGCAGCAGCGGUGGCUGCCGCCGAAAGUAGGGCGCGGUCGGAUCCGAGCCAUGGUGGUCCGAAUUAUUCAACAACAGCGUCGUCAUCGACAGCAGUCCAACCGUCGGCUAUGGAAUGCGAAAGUCCCAGAGGCCUACCUCCAUACCUGCACCAGCAGCAGCAACAGGGUCACUCACGACCGCACCCUCACCAUCUACCUACUUACUCGAAUUCGUCGUCGUCGUCAUCGGUGGCAGCCAGAAGAUACGCCUCGCACCUAGACACGGGCGGAGGGGUAGGUGUAGGAGUUCAAGUGCUGAAUAGCGCCAAUCCAAGUGUCUUUACCUCCGGUUCUUCGGCCUUUAUCGGAUCGAGUUCAGCGUUUUCGGUGGGUAGUAACAACCCGUCGUCCACCUACAGCAAUCUGGGUGUAGGUAGUGGUGGAGUGAACUAUAUCGGCGGUCCGUCUGCUUCGUCGUCGGCAACGACAUCAGCGCUGGACUGCACGCAGAGCGGCAGCCUCAAUUUGCCGCUGUAUCAAACCUCCUACAGUCUAAUUCAUCCGCCUAGCGGUCAGUCGGCCGCGAGCUCCUCUGGUUAUUUCAACGCCUCCUCCUCCAAUUCCAUCUACCCCUUCCCUUCCAGUCACGGGAGUAGCAAUAUCAAUAGCAGCAGUAGCGCAUUUAGUAGUAUGAACGGUCCCGCAGUGUCGUCCUCCUCGUCGAAUCAGCUCAUCUACGCCAACGAAAUGCCGUUGGCGGCUGGAGCAGCCGUGUCCAGUGGCGGAGGAGCCAUCAAAAAUUCUCGGCCCGGACCUCAACUGGCAACGUCGGCCAGUGGCAGCAGCGACAGAUCCGACAGUCCCAUGCAAGUGGGUGUUUGCGUCCAGCAAAGUCCCGUUGCCAGCCACUGACAGACAUCCAUUUUUGUUUUGUUUUCCUCUUUCUUUUAAGAAAAACCAAAUCUUUUACGACGCUGUUCUCUUGUAGACACACAUAGAAGAGAGCGAAAGUCGCUGUCAAAAAUUCUUGAACCUCCUCUUUCUAUAUCCUUUUUUACUUAUCCAUUAUCGGAAGCGAGCCGGAUGGAUUUUGUUUUGCUCAACCUUAGUACUACUAUUACUACUGCAUUUUUCGUGACCACGAAAAAUGUUUUUCUUUUCCCCCUUUUUUAAUUGGCGAAAUCAUUAUGCCACGACUCUUUCGCCCUCUUCUUUUUAUCCCCCCCCCCUUUAAUCGAAUUAUCUGUCAUGUUUAUUUCCGAAUUUUUAAGAAAGAAUCCUGAAUUAAUCACCCGAAUUUCUAUGUUUCAAAUCCAACAACAACACUAAAGAAUUAGAAAAGCAAACUUGACGCGAAAGAGUUCCUACCCGUCGUCGUCCCCACCAAACUGCCUCACUCUGAUUUUAAUAGCAUCAAAAACCGAUUUAAAAAAAAAAAAAGAAUAUUUCUCUACUCCUCCGCCGAAUCUGUCUUAAAUCCGCGAAUAACAGCGACCAACAUGAACAAAAACAGAAAAACAUGUGAAAUUUCAAAACAAAAAAAAAAAAAAAAAAACCGAAUAGUGUUUAAGACAUUUUUGUUUUUUGUUUUUUUAUUAAUCUUCAGUAAUGAAUAUAUCUCGCAUAUAAAUGUAAUUGCAUAUGAGAAUAAGGAAUCAGACAGGGAAACUGUGCGUGUCUUUUCAAAUGUGUGUGUGUGUGUUCCUUCCUCGCGCAAUGGCCCGAGAAAUGCGUACGUGUGUUUUUAAUUUAUUCGCCUCUUGUGUUUUUGUAGACAAAAUGUUCUCUCUAUAUGCCCCCCCCCCCCAUUCUUAUCCCUUUUUUCUAUUUUGAUAGACACGAGAAACCUUCAUCGACGGCAAACAUAACGAGACAAUUUCUUAAAUUGUUGCUUUUUUUGUUUUUGCAAGCAAAAGAGAAAUGAAAUUCUGAAAUUGCUGUAUCGUUGGUAUUUCCUCUCCCAAAUGAUUAAUGAUGAAGAAAAUGUGUUGUGUAUCCCUUUGCUCCACUCCCCCAAUCGUAUCCUUGUAACAAUGACGAUAAUUUCAAUAAUUUCCCUUUAUUUAAUAUUUUGGUUUUUAUUCUUUUUUUUUUUCCUGUCUUGCCAAUAAGUAUACCAUGCGCAUGUAUGUUAUGCUCGUUUGUUCUUCCCUUUCUAUUUUAAGCUCCUCGUUUGACCAGGAGGUUAAAAUGAGAGAAGAAUUGAGACUUUGAUAAACUAAUUUCUUUUGCAUGAUGAGCUGAUGUAUAUAAACGAAGAGAAUGAGGAGAGCAAGUACUGUUGGAAAAAUCGUGUCUCUCUCCAGAAUGUGGAUAUACAUGCACGAAAAUAUAAAGAAUGAACGAAUGGGUUGAAAAAAAAAUGAGAGUUCAUAAUUAAUUUGCUCCGUUAACUGCAAUCCACAUUCGGAUCGAUAAAUAAAUACGUUAUUUGGCAGGA